AUGCCGAAGCUGGCUCUUCCGCGUGUGUCUCCCACCACAAAGCGCGUCUCUGCGGGGCGGUUCUUUGCUUCGGUUUCGCGACAGCGACUGGCACAACCGCGUCAUGGUCUUCUCAAUGAGCCCUGGCUACCCCCAGCCUCAGUCUCUCCUCUCCCAACUACAUAUUUCUUCUCACCGACACGGGUACGAAGGGAACUGGACGGACCCGGUCCCCUGAAGAACGACCACAAACCGCCAGACGAAAGAACAUUGAAGCUGGGAGAGAUUGCAUGGAGCAGCAUACCACUUGUCGGCAACGUGAAACUCCAGAUUCUGAGCGAAAGGAUCGUACGUUCUGGUACACUUCUCGAUCCCACACAUCAUGGUAGCCACCACGAUUGUGGCGAUGAGCGCCUAAUUGUACGCUGGAAGACCGAACCACGAACAGAAAGCGGGCCUUUUCAUAGCCCAGCCUCGUCAUCGAAUACCGCAACUUCGUCACCAGACACACAAACCAACCCUCUCUCAGGUUCUACGAAGGGGACCAAUAAGGGCUUAAGUAUGCUCCUCGGCGGCGAUGAGCCUAUCUUCAAACUGUCACAGGAGGAUCAAUUUGACGGCCUUUUUAUCUUCUCUUUCGACGAGGAAGGGCGCAUUUUGACACAUACCAUCGAGCACGCCGAUCAAGCCGACGGAUGGGACCGGACCGCCAAGUUCGUGACUUUGACUGACUGGCUUAUUGGCAAGGCGCGUGGCUCUUUGGAUCCUGUUGCGAACCCGGGACUGGCCAUGGAGACUUAUCAAAAUCAAGGAUUUGCUCCUGGCAAUCGUCGGAGAAGAUCAGUGCUGAACUAA